AUGUCACUACACCACGAUAAAGGAAACUUUUGGACAAAAGUCCGUUCUUCUACUAAUAAGAUAUCAUCCUCCUUGGCCAAUCUCUCGAUAAGAUCAGAACACGACGGUGACUCUCCAAAUUCCACACUAAUCCACAAGGCCCUAGUAAACCAUUAUGUCUCAAAGAAUGAACAAUUUCCACAAUGGCUAGGUGAAGAACAAGAGAAUCACCAACAUCACAACCAUCCUCAAAGAGCCCAACCUCAAAACACUGCCCAAGAACAAAUCAGACAACCAGUUCAGACUCAAAGAUUCCAACCACAAUCACAGCAGCAACAACAACAACAACAACAGGGAACUCCAGGCACCUCACGCUUUGCCAGCAGGUUUGCCAAUGAUCAAAACACAAGAAUUCCAAGCAGGUUUGCUACAAGUGGAGCUGACCAUGGAAGUAACGGUGGUUCGAGGUUUGCAGGUUCAAAUACAAGACCAGGCCAUCCAGAGAGAAGUGAUUCAUCAAGUGGUAGUGCAAUGAAGGAUCGUUUAAAGAGAAACAACUACAGAAAUAACUUUGGUGUGUGA